AUGACGCCCCCUUCAGCAAUAACCCCGUCGCGAGAAGUAGUACAGACCCCCAAGGGCCGAACUGUUCCUAUAACAGAGUGGACUGUCCAGAAACUUGCCAAUCAGCUUAGAGCGUUCAAUCAAGAAGUUCGGAGAGACCACUCUCAGCUCGUCGCGCAUGCAAUUGAGUCAGCAAAAUGUAGAGAAUGGCGCACGCAUCAUGGCCUAGAUCUCUUUCGGAACCUUCAACCUCACCCAAAUCCAGAAAUCAAAGGCAAGCAAGUCAAAAUCAGAUUCAAGCACAACAAAAAUAAGAAGGAUUAUCGGGAUAUACGGUACAAUGUGGUUUGCAUUAAAACUAACAAGGAUGCUGUUCCGUCCUAUCGGUUCCAUCAUGUGGAAAUCAAGAAGAAUGUCUUGAUGCCCAACACCAUGUUGACGUUUGUCCCCCAUUUACGAGAUCUUGAGGGUUCUGAAGAGGCCAAGUACAACCUUUGGCUUAAAGAGCUGGAGGAUAUUGAUCUCAAAUCGGGGUUCAAGCCCAUGAAUCGCGACGAGAAACAUGUGGCAAUCAUCCAAGCCGAGCGCGCUGCAGCUCUUUCCCUCUACUUGGAUAAGUGGCUCAAAGAACUCAACAUAUCCUUCUGCAACAAGUCCACUCUCAUCAAAUACAUGAAAAACCAAGCAUCUGACGACUCCAUGACUCCUCGACAAAAAGCAGACCUUGCCAAAUCCAACAGCGAUGGAAAUGGCUUAACACCAGAAGCACACUUAGCGGCACACAUGUUUAAGGAUGCAUUCCAACUGGUCUUUAAAGAAAAUCAAGUGGAUUAUAAACAGGUUGAACUACGAAAAGUUCUGUUCAUUGAUGGAUCCGUCGACGGCGCCAUGGACAGUAAAACUACAGCCAAAGAAGUCGCCGCUAUUCAACAAGACAAUGAAGACGAAAUUGCCGAAUCCAAUCUGGCCACAUACUGUAUUCUGGGAUGUCUCAUUUGCUUUAGCCAUUCUUGCGACCAUGGCGAGUACGACAUCAAGAACUGGAAACGCACGUUUUCCUUGUCAUCUUAUGCAUCCUUGUCGGACAUUUUGCAGAGGAAGCGAAUAGCGGCGGCCGGAGCAAAUACUAUUGCAGAUGAGCCUUGCGAGCGGAGGUGCUAUCGCCUGAAGCUCCCUCCCGACCCAACUGCAAUGAUGAAGCCAUGGUCUGAAGAUGAACGUAUUCUCUUGCGCUCUUUGUACGUCACGACGGAUUUCAGCAAAACUAAAAUGGACCCCAUCUGCCUAGCCACCGAGUUCCUAAAUCGAAACUGCGACGAAGUAUAUGCAGAAUUCCAGUCUUUGAACAUCAGCUUACCUGAACUGGAGCCCACGGAACCUCCUCGACCACGAAACAUAUCAUGGUAUGAUCGUAAGCGGAAAAUGCUCCUGGGAGACUGGCAAGAUCAUACAAUUACUCAUGAGCAUCAACGGCGGGAGUUGCUGGAACCAUGCUCUCAUGAUGGCCCAUGUGCUCCAAAAAUAUGCCCAUGUGUAGACGCGGGGGUUUUGUGCGAAAGGUUCUGCGGAUGUACAGAGGCAAAUUGUUCUUAUAAAUUCACAGGCUGCGCCUGUCAUUCUCAAGGCAAAUCAUGCCUCACGAAGCCCUGCAUAUGCGUGCAACUCAACCGCGAAUGUGAUCCGCAAUUGUGUGGCUCAUGCGGCGCUUUUGAACGUGCUGAUCCUGCAAACGCGGACGAUUAUUUGCUGCACUCUACAGGAUGUCAAAACUGUGACCUACAACGUGGCCGGCACAAGACUGUUCUUCUCGGGCAAAGUCAGCUCGAAGGAGUUGGCUACGGGCUCUUUACUGCCGAAGAUAUUGCCCAAGACGAAUUUAUUGUCGAGUACGUAGGGGAGCUGAUCACCCACGAUGAAGGUGUCCGCAGAGAGGCAAGACGUGGCGAUGUAUUUGACGAGGAUUCCAACAUAUCAUACGUGUUUACUCUACUAGAAAACGAAGGUAUCUGGGUUGAUGCUGCCAUUUACGGCAAUCUGAGCCGAUAUAUCAACCAUGCUUCAGAACAUGACAGACAAGGGUGCAACAUUACCCCGCGAAUUCUUUAUGUCAACGGCGAAUAUCGAAUCAAAUUUACGGCUUUGAGAGAUAUCAAGGCUGGGGAGGAGCUCUUUUUCAAUUAUGGAGAAAAUUUCCCAAAUCUUACCAAAAAACUUCUUGAUCACAAAUCCGGAGAAAAACCAAAGGUGCCUAGAAAAGCUGGUCGGCCAAAACGUGCCGAGACAAGUGACCGAGUGGCGCGGAAAGUGCCAAAAAUAGAGCACAAAGCAGCCGGAAGGCCACCAAAAUCGAAAAAGAACAAGGAAACCACAGCGAGGCAGGUGGGAAGGCCAGCAGCGGGUAGGCCAGCAGCGGGAAGGCCAGCGGCAAAGGCAGUAGAUAUUUUGGCAGUCUCAGACGACGAUUCCGCAGCUAUCAGGGGGAUGAUUGAGGAAUCUCAUUCCCGUAAGCGACGACGCCAUCAUCUAACUGAUUCUGAGGAGGAGGAAUAUCAGCCAACGGGUACAGAGGCGGCAUCAAUUGCUGAAUCAGGUCUCGACUCUGAAGGGGGACCACUGAACCCGAAACGGCUUCGGAAAACAACAAGAUCCCAAAGGGUCAAAGAGCAUGAUACGCCUAUCAAGACGCCGGUAGUAGACGAACCAAAGCCGCGAAGCAAACGAGGAGGUGCUCGGCCUGGCAGUGGACGGCCUAGGAAGCACCCUCGAAUCGUCCCUAAGCCAAAUAAAGCGUCUUCCUUGACUUCUCAGCCUCCUCAAUCUAGUCAAGCCGCUUCUCAGGAGUCUCGGUCUGAACCAGAAUCACAUAUUAACGCCUCUGCUAUCACACAUUCGCCUAUGUCUACUCCAGCAACAACACCGAAGUACACCAGAGCUAGCCGAGGGCAUGAACCUGAAGAUGCUAUUGAAAUUGAGGAUAGCGAAGACCAAGAUGUAGUAUUAAGGAGCAGGACGUCCCGGAAUAGACGUCUACCUGCUAAAUUCAGAGACGAAGAAUCAUUGUAA